CCGGGCGGCGGCACUGGGACGCGUGGGGCUCCCCGGCCUCUCGCGGCUCCGAACGUGUCCUCCUGCGGCCGCGUGGGCUUCGGGGACCGGGUCACGGGGUCGCCUCAGCGCCUCGGGGGGUGAGCGGGCCGCCGGCCGCUCGGCCUCCCAGGCCCUGGUCUACCGCGGCCCUGGGAGUUCUUAGAUAUUUUUCUUCUUUAAAAAGUUUUUAUUCCUUGGAGCCACACCUAUUUAACGCUUCUGCUAAUUUCCGUUUCUUCUUCUUCAAUGUUUAACAUUUGCUCCACUGUUUAUUACUUUUAUUUUUCUUUACCGAUCUCACAUUUCUUUAUUUUCCCUUGUGGUCCCUUCUCCUUCCUAGGGCUCCAUCUCUGCAUUGCGUUAGGUGCAGGUCUCCAGCCUGGCUUAGCCGCCUUAAUUAGUACCAGUUAUUUUGUUCUUACUUCAGAUGAUUUUUCCCCCUAAUUUUCAUUAUUCUUUAAGUCUUGAGUUAACCGUCAGGCCAAUCUCUGAGAGUAGAUAAGGAUUUAUUCACUGAAGGUGGAGUCCCCGCCCUACUCCAGGUCAGUAAAGCCACCGGUACAGGAGUCGGCAUUUGUUCAGUGUUUUCCAUGCCUGAAGCUCUGCUAAGCGCCUUCAUCCGUUAUAGGUAAUUCUUGGGAGGCUGCUGGUCAGAAGCUGGAGGGAGAAACAACUCAGCUGUUCUUUCUAGCUCGGAAAUAGGAAAUGUCUGCAGAUGGCAGAGGCAUCCGGGCCACCCAGGACAAGGAGCAAGCCGAGGAGGUCCCAGGCCAUGGGCAUCCUUGUCAGGAAAUGCUUUCUGGGUCACAGGAGAUGGUGCCUUUGGGAGCUGCUUGGGAGUCAUCGCAGAUUAAGAUGGAGCCAGAAGAGCCGCACCCUGAGGGGGCAUCCCAGGAGGACAGGGCUCAAGGCGCAUGGGGCUGGGCGCCCCUAAGUCAUGGCUCUAAGGAGAAAGCUCUCUUCCUGCCUGGCGGAGCCCUCCCCCCCCCUCGGAUUCCAGUGCUUUCCCGAGAGGGCAGGACCAGAGACCGGCAGAUGGCCGCGGCACUCCUCACAGCCUGGUCCCAGAUGCCAGUGACCUUUGAGGACGUGGCUCUGUACCUCUCCCGAGAGGAGUGGGGACAGCUGGACCACGCGCAGCAGAACUUCUACCGGGACGUCUUGCAGAAGAGGAGUGGGCUGUCCUUCGGGUUUCCCUUCAGCAGGCCUUUCUGGGUCCCCCAAGUCCAGGGCAAGGGCGAGGCCUCCAGCUCGAGCCAGCAGACCGGAGAUGAGCCGGAGGAGAGAGGCAUGAGCACAGGAGCCCUCGAGGUGGGGCAGGAAGAGCUGACCCCAUCUGUGGCGGCCCCUGGGGAUGUGAAGCCCUUCAGAACCAGGGCAGGCCGGGCCCAGGGUGUCCUGCCGUGCGGGCAGCUAGCAGCUAGCGGCCAGAGCUCAGGGCCCGCCGGAGACCCUGGGCAGCUGGGUGCCCCGGAAGACAGGCAGCCGAAUCCAGCCCUGCGGGACACGAAUGCCCUGAAGCCCCAGGAGGGCCACGUCCCAGAGAAACCCAGCGAGGAGAAGGGUACCCCAGAAAGUGGCGAGGAGGGCCUUGCCCCCGACGGCGACGCGGGCAGGAAGACGUACAAGUGCGAGCAGUGCGGCAAGGGCUUCAGCUGGCACUCGCACCUGGUGACGCACCGGCGCACCCACACGGGCGAGAAGCCCUACGCCUGCACGGACUGCGGCAAGCGCUUCGGCCGCAGCUCGCACCUCAUCCAGCACCAGAUCAUCCACACGGGCGAGAAGCCCUACACCUGCCCCGCCUGCCGGAAGAGCUUCAGCCACCACUCGACGCUGAUCCAGCACCAGCGCAUCCACACCGGCGAGAAGCCCUACGUGUGCGACCGCUGCGCCAAGCGCUUCACCCGCCGCUCGGACCUGGUCACCCACCAGGGCACCCACACGGGCGCCAAGCCGCACAAGUGCCCCAUCUGCGGCAAGUGCUUCACGCAGAGCUCGGCGCUGGUCACCCACCAGCGCACCCACACGGGGGUCAAGCCCUACCCGUGCCCCGAGUGCGGCAAGUGCUUCAGCCAGCGCUCCAACCUCAUCGCGCACAACCGCACGCACACGGGCGAGAAGCCUUACCACUGCCUCGACUGCGGCAAGAGCUUCAGCCACAGCUCGCACCUCACCGCCCACCAGCGCACGCACCGCGGCGUCCGGCCCUACGCCUGCCCGCUCUGCGGCAAGAGCUUCAGCCGGCGCUCCAACCUGCACCGGCACGAGAAGAUCCACACCUCGGGGCCCAAGGCCCUGGCCAUGCUGAUGCUGGGGGCGGCGGCUGGGGCUCUGGCUGCACCAGCACCUGCUCCCACCUAGGAGGCCGGGGGGAGGGGCUGGGGCACCCAGGAACGCUGGGACCCCCGCAGGAGUGGAGGCCCCCCGGGGAGGAGCCAGAGGGUGUGGGAAGGGAGCUGGGAGGAUCAGGCAUGGGGUGGGGCAUGGCGAUGUGGGAGGGGCGAGGGCGAGGAGGGGCAGGCUCUCUAGGUGCACAUUAAAGGCCUCGGACUUCAA